AUGGAAUUCGCAUAUUCUGCAAGAAGAUAUGGUAAUAUCACAUGCAGAACACCUAUUGGUAGACUGAUUACCAUUCUCUAUGCUCUAUUUGGUAUUCCGAUGAUGUUGGCUGUUUUAAAUGUUAUUGGAAAAGGUCUCUUUGGACAAGCUCAAAGUUCCUACAUGUUUGUUCGUCGGUUCAUACGGCGAAGAAUACGCCGAUUUAAGCGUUCACGUCGAGGUCUCGACAGAGCUGGUACAGUCGAAACAGUCAUUACAGAAGAUCCUGGAAAGGUUACUAAUAUGUCCGCUACAAAUUCGUUAAAAUGUUGCUGCGAUCUUCAGGAAGGUCCUGAAAAGGACGAUAAC